ACAGAAGGCUGACGGACUAGGAGAACAUCUGUCCUACCAGACCAUUCCCAGGCCUUCACGGUCACAGGCACACCAUGACCACUGCAGAUCCCCACAGGGAACAAGCCAGGGCCACAGACAAUCACAAGCCUCCACCAAGAGCCAGGCCCUCCCAGGACACCUGCAUGACAGCAGACCAGCAGCCACCAAGCCAGCUAGCUCAGAGCGGAGAGACCACAUAUGUGCACUUCGAUGGGCCAAAUUCUCACCUGUAGAACUUGGCUGUGGUUUGCGAUGGUGGAUGAGAACGCCUACUGCAGGAUGGCUGUGUCAGGUGUGGUCUGUAGACGGGAGGCAGGGACUGAGGGGGUGUGGCCACUCCGAGCGGCUUAGCACCGUGUCGGCCACACAGUAGAUGCUCAUUAACGUCGUCUGCUACUCCCUGUGGCAACAGUGCCCCCAGAAGGCUCUGCAGGCCAGAAGUCAGGGGUCGUGUUGGCUUUCCUCUCCUAGAGCCCAGACUGGAGACCCUUGCUUGCCUUGGAGAUGGGCCGUCAAGUCUGAGGAGAGCUCUGGGGGUAAGACCAGGGUCAGCGGACCUGGCGGCCUCCACACUACCCUCGCAAAGGAAGAGGGGCACGCACCAGCGCACGCUGGGUUUCCUUUCCCCUUCUUUGUAUACUUAGAAGCCCUGCUUACCUUCCCUCGCCCACCCUCUCCACACGCUUCUUGAAGGGUCUUUUGUGACUAGUCACAUAAGGCCUCACACUGCCGUGGGGAUUCUCACCCCACAAGGAGCAGGCCCCAUGCAAGAUGAGGAUAGUUCCAGCAAGACGUUCUCAGAGAAGGCAGGCCCUGGGGGACAGAACACCCUUCUUUGAGGGCACAAUGCAAGAGCAGCUCUAGAACCUCCGUUCUGGAAUCUGCCCCUGCUUUCCCAGAGCCUGCCUCGACCCACACCAGUCCACGGCUGCGUUCGCUUCCCACUCCGAGCUCUCAGCCCUGGUCACUCCCCUGCCUCUGCCCCAGUCCCAGAAAGACUUCAGAAACGGGGGUGCAGCCUCGAGGGGCCCAGGGCCCAGCAGCCUCCUCCGGCCCUGUUGCCCUAGCCCUUCUGAUCCCGGUCAGGCCUCUGCCCCGCCCCCUGCUCCUCCCACCCAAGGCCCCGCCCCCUCCCGUGGCACCCCGCCCUUCAUGAAGGGCAGUUCCCCGCGAAAGCUGGACCAGCAAAACUUCAUGGAGCCGGUGCGCGAAUGCAGGGACAACGGCUACCUGCUCUCUUCCAGGAAGAUUGGCUCUGGGGCCUUCUCCAAAGUCUACCUGGCCUACGCCACACAUGAGCGCAUGCAGCACAACCCCAAGCUGGCCUCUGACCUGGGAGGCAAACACCAUGCCAUGGUGGCUAUCAAGAUCAUCUCCACGGCUGAGGCCCCCAUGGAGUUCUCCCAGAAGUUCUUCCCCCCUGAGAUAUCAUCCCUCAAUGCUACCUACAGGCACCUGAAUGUGGUGCAGCUCUAUGAGACCGACCACAACAGCCAGCGCUCCUACUUGGUGCUGGAGUUGGCGGCCCGCAGGGACUUGCUGGAGCACAUCAAUGCCGUGUCGGGCCACCGCUGCCGCCCAGGGCUGGAAGAGGAGGAGGCCUGUGGGCUGUUCUGGCAGCUGGUCAGUGCCGUGGCCCACUGCCACAGCUCUGGCAUCGUGCACAGGGAUCUCAAGUGUGAGAACAUCCUGCUGGACGACCAGGGCCUCCUAAAGCUGACCGACUUUGGCUUCGACAACUGCUCGGGCCUCAAGGACUCACUGCUGAGCACCUUCUGCGGCUCUGUGGCUUACGGCAAGUACAAUGGGGAGCAGGCUGACCUGUGGAGCCUGGGUGUCAUCCUCUAUGCCAUGGUGGCCGGGAAGCUGCCCUUCAAGGAGCAUCAGCCACACCACAUGCUGCACCUCAUGCGCCAAGGCCCCGCCUUCGGGCCGGGCGUGUCCCCAGAGUGCCAGGACCUGAUCCGGGGCCUGCUACAGCUAAGGCCGCGCGCACGCCUGGACCUGCACCAGGUGGCCGCCCACUGGGGGGGGGGGGGGGUGCUGUCCGCCACGCAUGCGCUCUUCCGCACCAUGCUCUGCUCGUCGCCAGUGAAGCCAGCCAAGCCACAGCUGCCCACAACCCCGCAUCCCACGGAGCCUGGCAGAGACUCAGAGCGUCCAAGGCCACUCCUGCAGCUCCGGCGCCCCCACCACGGGGGGACUCACCGUGGGAAUGCUUCUGGCCUGACGCCUGAGCCCCCAGAGGGAGUCCCAAGAGGUGCAGGAUCUGCCCAGCGGGAGCUCCGGAGCACGGCGGUAGCAAGCCUGGGGGUGGGCGCCUCCGGGUAGCCACUAUCCCUGAGAUCCACGUUUGCCGUCAGGACCACGCCUG